UUCCUGCCGGCCUCUCGGCAGAGGAUGUGUCUGGGAGAGAGAGUGCGUGUGAGAGGAAAAGGGGAAAGCCGUAAGUAGAAUGGAUAUGUGCCCUCUCUCCUCCACCCUUUCUUCUCCUUCCUCUUCUCCUCUGCCUCCUCCCUGGCUCUCCUCGCUCUUCUCUGCCUGCCUUGUACACAGGUCACCCUCAGCGCUGGCCCUCAGGGGUUAAAGGAGUCUCGUCGGGCGGACGGGCAUCUGAAAACUGAACUUCAAUGUCAGCUGGGGACCAGAAGAAUGGAGGUGACAAACCUAAAGAGGCUGCUGUAUGGCCAGAGGUGGAGCGGGCAGAGUGUCUGGCCCGCGGUGCUGCUCUAAAGUGGGCAUCUGGAAUUUUCUGCAGGCCAGAACAUCUGGAGCGACUGAGCCAGUAUAAGAAGAGAGAGAUCCAGAGGACGGCUUCCAUCCACACCAGACUGAAGUCUAUGGUCCAGUCGUACCUGGAGGGAGUCGGCUGGGGUCUCGAGCAGCUCCGGGAGGCCCGGGAUGAGCUGAGGGAGGUGUCGCUCACUUUGAAGGAAGCAGGACUGGAGUCAGAUGGAAACACAGACUGUUUAAUAUCCCUGCAGAAGCUGAGAGAUGUGUCCGUUGACCACCGCCAGCUCUUUGCUGCUGUCAGCAACCUACCUCGACUACAUGCCAUACGGAGCAUGGUGCUGGAGACGGAGCGCCUGGUGGAGUCCAGGAGGCUCCUGGAGGCCCACGCCCGUCUGAUGGAUCUGGAGCACUGGCAGGAUGACAUCCUCUGGCAGCUUCACGGGGCGUCUGGCAUGUCAGCAAGUUCACUCAGCAGUGAAGACAAGGAGUUGGUGGCCAAAUAUUUCUCCGGAGUGGGACAGCUGGUGGACGCCCUGGGAAAGGAGCUGUGGGCAGUGGUGAGCAGCUCUCUGGCUCUGGCCCGUCAGAAUCCCACGCCGUUUGUAUCAGCAGUGAGGAUAGUGGAGCGGGAGGAGGCCUUGGACCAAGCUCUGCUGGCAGAGAGAGGAGGGGGUGCAGGCAGCAGCAGGUCCCUGCCUGCAGGACGACCUCGCCAUUGGAGAGCUCGCUUCUUCCAGGUACUUGAGGAGGCGGUCUCUGCACGUUUUCGGAGCGUUUCCUACCUGCACACACGUGGGCCAGGUUUGGCGGGCCACCUCUCUGCUCUCCAGCACGCUGUCAUGGCUGACCUGGCCACAGUACGCCACCUGCUGGAGCACUGCGUCCCACCACAUUACCAGCUGACUGCAGCCUAUCUGAGGGCCAGCCACCGCUGUUUACACACUCACCUGGCACAGGUUAGCAGCUGGGAUCUGGAGAGCGGUGAAAUAUUUGCUGUGCUCAACUGGGUUCUGCACAUCUACAACAGUCCAGAUAUGAUGGGACAUCCAGAGCUGGUCAAAGAGACAGAGAGAGCAGAGCUCGGGCCCCUCAUCUCCACAGAGGGACUGGAGCAGCUGCAGAACAAAUACGUGCAGAGUGUCCGGAAGAGCGUAUCUGAGUGGAUGCACAAAGCUCUGCAGGUGGAGCUGCAAGACUGGCAGAGAGAUGAGGAGCCAGACACAGACCAUGAAGGAUUCUACCAUACCAGUCUGCCCACCAUCAUCACACAGAUGUUAGGGGAGAACGCCCGUGUGGCUCUGAUGAUUGGGGAGUCGCUGCGAGAUCAGACCAUACAAAUGGGACUGUAUGAGAUAGAGAACCUCCUUAAUAGGUUUCGAGAAGCUCUGGUUGAAUUUGGGAAAGAGCACCGCAGGGAUCCAGCCAACAACAAGAAUAAGUUCUACCUCCACUACCUUCUGGCUUCAAUCAGCAACUGCAUCAUCCUAAAAAAAUCCACAGAGAGCCUGCAGCAGCAGCAGUCGUCCCGCUCUGCAGGGCAGUUCUCUCGGACUCCCCCCAACCCUCUGGCAGCUCUGGACCGGGCGGUGAGGAGGGCGUGUCGCCUGGUGAUGGAUCAACUGUUGCUGGAACUUAAGCCUCUCCUCCCCGGCCUGCUGACCAGACCCUGGCUGGUCCAGGGAGACCCAGUCCCCAAACUCUGCAGCGUCCUGGAAAGUCACUUAGAUUUGUACGGACGAGUGCGACCGCCCUGUGGGCAGCGCCUGCAGGAGGAGGCCCAGUGGCUGAUGGUGGUGGAGUACGUCCGGGCCUUGAUGCAGAAGAAGCUGGUGUGUCGGAGCAGCGAGGAAAGGGGGCUGGUUGCUCAGCAGAUGCUUCAGGAUGACAAGCUAUUCAGAGAAGUUUUCCACAGCCUGCAGGAAAACGAGGUGUCGGCUACUGAAGUACAUCCCUUGGCCCUACUUCCUGUCCUGGCAGACUUCAUCCGACUCAAAGACCCCGGCAUGCUCACCCUGGAGGUUUCUGGACUAGUUGCAAAAUAUCCAGACAUCAGUGAGGAGCAUGUCUCUGUACUGAUGGACGUCCGUGGUGACGUCUCAAGGGACAUCCGAGGGGCCGUGCUGGACUUGCUGGAGCAGAGCGCCCCCCCUCUUCCAGAGGGAUACCGGCCCAUCUUCACUGACAUCCUGGUGCCUCCCUCCACCUUGGCCUUCUGUCUACCAACAGCCAAGUGUGCUUGACUGGAUGGAACAAUGAAAAACAUUUAUUUCUGUCUAGAUUUCUGUCUAUUACCAAAGGAUGGUGAUAAAUCUGUUUCUGCUGCAUUUUAUCAAGGAUACAGUUUGUGACUUGCUGGUUCGGGUCUUAUUUCUGUUUGCUUUAAGGGUCUGUUGUUGUUUAAGUGAUGGUUUUUCUGCUCCAGCUGCUUCCUUUUCAGCCAUUUACCCAAAAUCUGUUAUAAACCGGCUUCAUAAAUCCUCAUUACUUCAUAUUUGGCAUCCUAUAGCUUUAAUACGAACAAGUUAAAUUCCCUAAAGGUUUUUUUUUUAA